AUGAGACACGGACUAGCCGCUUUCGAUCCGGAUGGUAGCAAGCGCUUUGAAGCAACGGCUACCGUCUUAAAUCGACAAAAUAGGGAGCUAGACGAGCAGCUUCGGGUGUUUCAAAGCAGGCUGGUCGCAUUCGCAAAAGACCACAACUCAGAAUUGAAAGGUAACGCAGACUUUAGAAUGAAGUUCAUUAAGAUGUGCACGUCAAUCGGAAUCGACCCUAUUUUCUUGUUCGACAAAGAACGACACUUGUUUGAUGUCAACGACUUUUUCUACGAAAUAUGCGUCAAAGUAAUCGAAAUAUGCAGAAAGACUAAAGAUCUUAACGGCGGUGUCAUUUCAUUCGAUGAGUUGCAUAAAGGCUACUUUGAAUUAUACAAGGUCGAUAUGAACGAUUUGCAGAAGGCCGUGGAAAUGCUGGACACUUUAGCCGGUGGCUUUCAGACAUUCACCAUCAAGAACAAAAAAUACCUCAGAAGUGUCCCUAACGAGUUGACCAACGAUCAAACUGAAAUCUUACAAGUGUGUUCAAUUCUCGGCUACGCCAGUAUACCGCUUUUGAAACUCAAUCUGGAUUGGAAGCCUGUGAGAAGCGACGCUGUACUUAAGGAAAUGGUAGCAAAAGGAAUCUUGUGGGUUGACAAUCAAGCCAGAGGUGAAAUACUUUAUUGGGACCCUGCAUGGAUCGUGCGCUCCAAUCUCGACUGA